AAUGCACCACUUUGUUUUUUUCUCUUUGACCACUACUUCUUCUUCCUCCUCUCAAUUUCUUGUUUUUAACUCUCCAUUUUUCAAUCUUUGAUAAACAUGAAAUCCCCUGCAAAUUUUUCAUAAAUGAUGAAGAAAAGCUUCUUCUCUUGCUUCCACCCUUUGGAAACCCAAACAAAUCAAAUAAACAAAAGAAAAAGCUCAAAAAGGCCACUCUCUCAUGUUCUUGAAAUCCUCCUACUCAAGACCUCACUGAAAAUAAAGAUCUCCGAUCGAAACGUCCGCCAGCUGCUCCUCCAACCGAAGAGUGCGACGCAACGGAGAAGAGGAAGAGGAGUCGAGGAGGCUAAGGUUUCGAUCAGAAGCCCCGGCUCUCGUCCCUCCUUGAAAAACACGAGAUCAUCCACGGUGGCUCCGUCGUCUGAUCACGGAGGAAGCCGCCGUGAAUUUCGCCCCGUGACAAAGUCGUGUUCUUGCAAAGCCAAUCCUGGUUUGUAUCUGUUUGUUGCCACUCUCUUUUUCACCGUUGUUUGGGGCAGAGUUAGAGCGGUUGUGUUUGCAUUGAUGCUUCUUUACUUGACACCCGUGUGGGCCCGCUUUCUCCGGUGACCGGAAAAUGUGACGAAGCCACCGGAGAAAGAGGGCGGGUAGCUAGAAGUAUAGAGUGGACACUGAGCUUUCUACAACUAUGCAUAAAGACUUGAUUUUUUUUAUUUUUUUCCAACUUUAUCAACAAGAGUUACAAGAUAACAAACUGUAACAAAUGUUGAUUACACAAUGUUAUAAAUACAAACAUAUAUAUACUCAAUCAAGUUUCACUUUUCCUAUGUCAAGAUUCCUAAACACAACUUUGUCUUUAUUAAAAUGGCUUAGCAUUUUCUUGCAACAGAA